AUGGACUUUCCACCUGGAGGAAGCAGAAGCAGCCCCCGACGUCUGCGGUGCCGGCCUCCCCCCGCCCAGCGGCCUCCAGCCCGAAGAACCGGCCAUUGCUGCCAUUGCUGCGUGAGCGCUUUGUCGCCUGGAGAGCGGGUGGCCGGGGCUGAGGGUAGCAGUCCAGGAGCGAACGGGAGACGGAACCUGGGGGGGUGGGGGGGAGACUCCUCCAGCUUGGGCUUGGAGCCAGGGGCUGACCCCCCCUCCCCCCCAUCUGGACCUCCCGGUUCUGAGCUGAGGGAUGCUCUGCCGGACGGGUCAGGGAGUCCGGCCACCAACCGGCCAGGACCAGGAGGGACUUCUCAGAGCCCCAGAACAUUGCUGCAGAAGCAGCGAGCAGAAGGCCGCGAGCCCCAGCCCCAAGGCCCUCGGGAUGUCUGGGAUGUCCCCUCUCCAGGGGCCUGGGAGCCAGAGGCUGCUCGUGGUGAGGGUGCGGAAGCCCAGCCUCGGGGCCCAGACUCGGGACGUCUAGGGAAGUUAGAGGCCCCUCCCCCAGCCGUCGCCUUACGGAACUCCCUGGGCAGUGGCAGCCAUGAGCACGUUCCCACCUUGUCGGACAGUGCCACAGGGCCCCCAUCACGGCAGCCCGGACCCUUGGCUUAUGGAGCCUGGGAGGCGGCACCUCUGGCCGCCAGGGGGCAGCAGUGUAGCCUAAAUCCUAAACAAAGAGAUUUCAGGUUUGCUGAAAGUGAGACCGACUCCGAGGAUAAGGGGAAGAAAUCCUCCGCCCCGACCAGGCGUGGAAUUGAGCAGCAGCAACGGUCUCUGCUCAUUCUCCAAAUACACUUCCCUGGUUUGUCUCAAACUGGCGCCAGGGGCUCCUAUUCUCUAUCUGUCACCGGCCCGAGGCCACUGAGGUCCCGGAGCUCUGGCUGGCCAGGCGCUAGGAAGCCCCGGACCACCCCCGGAAAUCUUUCUCAGUGCCUGGGGCCUCAGCUGGUCCUUGGCCUGUCUCCUCUGGGGGACGUGUCCAUGCCUGUGGUGGGGGGCUGGCCUCGGAGCCCCCAGGCUCUUGGCAGUCCCUUCCAUGAACAGGAAGCAGCUCCUGCACAGAUCUUCCUGGGAGCCGGCUGCGCCUUUCUCUUGUCCAGUUUUCUCCUGGGCUGCGGAUUCUGCUGGCGCCGGAGACCAUGGCGGGCCCCGCCGACCCCUCCCGCCGUGGAGACCGCAGCCCCCACGGUCCCGCUGGCCGCAUGUGUCCGGUCUCGAUACCAGUCCCUCCAGCCCCGGGCGCCUCCUUCCCGGGCCCCCGGGGCCCCGCUGCCCCCCGCUCCCCGGCACCCUCCUGAUUCCUCGUCCACAUCCAAGAAGCGGCCGAGCAGGGCCCGAGGCAGGGCCAGCUCCCCGGCGGGGCUCGCGACCCCCGCGGCCCCCCGCGGUCCCCUCCGGCCUCGCCUCAGCUUCUCCCUGGGCUACUCGCCGCUGCGGGAGGAGCUGACUCUGACGGCCCUCGGCGCGUGGGAGCUGCCCCGGGGCUCCCCGCCCGGCCGGGGGACCUACGUCAGGCUGCGCCUGGUCCCGAGCAGGGCCCGGCGCCAGCAGACAGCCCCGCAGCCCCCCGGCCCGUCCGCCGCGUUCCCCGAGAGCUUCUGCUUCCGCGGCUGCUCCCCGCGGGCGCUGAGGGCCCAGAGCCUGCGCAUGGCCGUGUACAGCCGGGACUUCCCCGGGCUCGGAAGCAGCCUUGUGGGCGAGGUGGUCUUUCCCUGUGCCCGGGUGGUCUCAGAUUCUGUCUCCGGCUGCCUGGUGGGCUACACCCGGGAGCUGUCCGCCAGCGAGAGCAAGCUGCCCAAGAGCCUGAGCUGCCAGAAGCUGCCGGCCCCAGGCCCUCAGGCUCCCAGGAUGGGCUCCCCAGGCCGGCUCUUCCUCCUUCUUCAGUUUCAAGCUGCUGCCAGCCGGAUCAAGGUGCUGGUCCGCAGGGCAGAAAACUUGCACAGCUUGGGCCGGCUACCGGGACACCGGGAGCAUUCUGUGGUGAUUGGCCUGUACCAGGCUGGCCAGCUGCUGGACUCCCGGGAAACUCGGAGGGUAGUGGGAUGCAGCCCAGUGUGGAAUGCCCCCUUCCUCUUCAGCCUCCCUCCCAAAGACCUUCGGGAGCAGAAUCUCUUCCUGCAGUUUACUGUCAGGCAGAGUCACCUGCUAACCCGAACUGUCACCCUGGGCUGGGUCCGAAUCGGUCCGGAAGCCUCAGCAGCUGGCCGGGCACACUGGCAGGACAUGUACCAGCAUAGCCUCCGGGAAUCUUCUCAGUGGCACCCCCUCUGCCCAGGCAAGCCAGAGGCCCCCCCCCCCCCAGGGGCAGCAGCUUCUGGAACUGGAACAAGAAACAGCUGAUGCUGAAGAAGGCCUUCGGGUAGAAG